AUGCAGUUCAAGUCCAUCACCGCCCUCACCUCCCUCGUCGCCGCCGUCUCCGGCCUCCCGACCUUCUCCGCCACCAACGGCACCACCAACGGCACCGCUCCCGGCCUCCCCGCCGACGCCAAGUUCCAGCUGAUGGCCCUCCGCUCCGCCUCCGAGGUUCACUUCUCUACCUUCCAGGCCGCCAAGUCGUCCAUCUUCCUCCAGCUCCCCUCCCAGGAGGCCACCUGCGACCAGCGCAACGGCACCGACGCCGCCACCUUCUACCUCUCCCAGGACGGCGGCCUCUACCUCUACGCCGCCUCCGCCACCCCCCAGCAGCUCUACGCCGACCGCUCCGGCAUGGGCCAGGGCAAGCUCGGCUACACCACCGGCGCCCAGCCCGCCCCCCGCAACGGCGAGCGCACCGGCUGGACCGUCGACUCCUACGGCGACCUCACCCUCGACGGCGCCGGCUUCCUCGCCUGCCCCAACAGCAUCGAGGGCGCCUGGUCCGUCUGGGUCUCCUCCGGCGUCUCCAACCCUGCCGGUAACACCGACUGCCUGGGCAUCUCCGUCCGCGCCGUCGCCGUCUCUGCUCCCAACAGCUGCUCUUACACCUCUUAA